AUGGAAUUGGAAAAUGAUAAAACUUCUAGCAAGCAGCUGCAGAUCCGACUUGUAGCUUUAAACAAACGCUUUGAUACAUCAGGGAAUCUAUUAUCUCUACCAAGCCGGUUUGGAUGCGACGAACUGAGUGAAACGGUCCACACCUUGUUAUCUGCAAAUGACAUCGAGAUACCUGCAAGUGUUCAAUUUGAUUUUGCAAUCAAUAAUGAUCUAUUAAGAGAUUCACUCGAAGGAUAUGUUACAUCUAAGAAUCUAUCCACGGAAAGUGUUAUUGAAGUUGUCUACUUUCAAAAAGAACCUCCGCCAGAUUUUUUAAAUACUAUCCUCCAUAGCGACUGGAUUAAAAGCGUCAGAAGUAAAGAUGAUUGUAUUCUAGCUGGCUCCCUAGAUGGUACAGCUAGAAUUUGGAAUAUGGCAGGUGAAGAAUAUGCUAUAUUUAAAGGCCAUGAAUCUUAUGUUAAUGGUGUUGAAUGGAUCUCUAAAGAUAAUAAUCAUGCCACCAUAGUGACGGCUUCGCAAGAUGGCACCCUACGUUUAUGGGAGUGGGCAAUAGGAACUAAAUCCGUGGAGUGUUUGUGUGAAUGCAAAGGUCAUACACAAGCUGUCAAUGCGGUUACUGUUAAUCAAUCGAAAACAAAGAUAUGUAGCGUAUCUUCAGAUAAAAUGAUCAAAAUUUGGUCAACAGAUUGUUCCCGGAAAGAUGACGACACAACACACCCAAUACAUAAAAAGAUGAAAACAAAUCAAGGUCUACAGAAAGCUGUCGAUAAGCUCCCCGACAUCACUCUUUCGGGGCAUACUGAUGGUAUUGAUGCUGUAGUUUGGCCGAAAGAAGCUGAAAUUAUUACUGCUGGAUGGGAUCAUCGAAUCAAAAUAUGGGAUACUGAAGUCGGCGUCAACAAAUCCGAUAUUAAUGUAAAUAAAGUAGUUAAAGAUCAAACGGUCCUGAAGCUGACUUUAAAGUCCCAUAAAAAUAUCGUUAGUUCACUUUGUUGGUCGACAACUGAUGAACAACAGUUGGUAUCUGGAUCUUUUGAUAACACUGUUAAGCUUUGGGACAUUAGAUGCAACCUAGCUCCGUUAUAUUCAAUAGAGGGCCAUGAAGACAAAGUACUUGCAGUCGAUUGGUCAGAGCCACAGUAUAUCGUUAGUGGAGGAGCUGACAACAGAAUACAGAUUUAUCAAAGAGAAGUUGCACAGAGAUCGUAA